AUGAGUGAGGCACCACCAAGACCAUUAACUGGGUGCACCGGAAAUCUACCGAGUUUCGUAAUUUUCGCGGCAAAAAGCCGAUGGUUUUCCGUUUUCGCUUCGUUGAUGGUGAUGUCUGGUUCAGGUACAAUUUAUCUGUUUGGAACCUAUUCCAAAGAGCUCAAAACCACCUUUGGCUAUGACCAAGAAACCCUCAACCUGCUGGGGUUCUUCAAAGACCUUGGGGCCAACAUCGGCAUUUUCGCAGGCUUAAUAGCCGAGGUAACACCAACGUGGCUUGUGCUCCUCAUUGGGGCUGCCAUGAACUUCUUCGGCUACUUCAUGAUGUGGUUAGGCGUCAGAGGAAAGAUCGCGAAGCCAGAAAUCUGGCACAUGUGUGUCUACAUGUACAUUGCAGCAAAUUCUCUGAGCUUUGUGAACACAGGAGUUAUGGUUACUUGCGUCAAAAACUUCCCACAAAGCCGCGGCAUCAUGAUUGGCCUCCUCAAAGGGUACAUCGGCCUCAGUGGGGCUAUCAUCACCCAAAUAUAUCUAGCAUUGUAUGGAUUUCAGGACAGGAGAGCUCUAAUUCUUCUCAUCGGUUGGCUCCCUGCUGCAAUCUCAGUUGUGUUUCUGUGCACGAUUCGUCCGAUAAAAAUCACAGCAGCUGUUGAAAAUCAACAACAAAAACGACAACACAAAGUGUUUUUUCGCUUUCUGUACGUUUCGAUUGUUCUUGCCUUGUUUCUCAUGGCAAUGACUCUGACUCAGAAAUCGGUUGUCUUCCCUCGGGUAGCCCAAGCUACGACUGCCGCGGUGGUUUGCUUCCUGCUUUUGAUUCCUCUCGUGAUUAUCAUCAGAGAGGAGUUAGUCAGCUGGACACUGACGAAACAAGAACCCCGUCGAAUAGCCUUAGAGGAAACACAAGAACUAGAGUUGGAUCAAGAGAUCAAGCCGAAAGGUACGUCAUUCUUCUCAAACAUUUUCAAGAAACCACCAAGAGGAGAAGACUACACCAUUUUACAAGCAAUCUUGAGCAUUGACAUGCUACUCAUAUUCAUUGCAACAUUAUUUGGACUUGGAUCGAGCUUCACUGCUACCGACAACCUUGGCCAAAUCGGCGAAGCUUUGGGUUACAAACCUCAGACCAUAAACACAUUUGUGUCACUCAUCAGCAUAUGGAACUUCUUCGGCCGAAUCUUUUCUGGUUUCGUCUCCGAAAUUUUACUGACAAGGUAUAAAAUCCCAAGACCCCUUAUGCUCACUGUUGUUCUUACACUAGAAGGCAUUGCCUACCUUCUCGUUGCUUUUGCAUUCCCUGGUUCGCUGUACAUUGCUUCAGUCAUCAUCGGGUUUACUCUCGGCGCUCAGUUACCACUGGCUUUGGCAAUCAUUUCUGAAGUUUUCGGGUUGAAGUACUACUCCACCCUCUUCAAUUGUGGACAUUUGGCGAGUCCCCUCGGGAGUUAUUUACUCAAUGUGAGGGUCACCGGAAUGCUCUAUGACAAAGAGGCAGAGAAGGAGCUUGCUAGGCUGGGUCUGCACAGGAUCAAGGGCCAGGAUCUAACAUGUAUUGGCACUCGAUGUUAUAAGCUGUCGUUUACAGUUUUGACUGCAACGACACUUGUUUCAGCUCUCGCUUCACUUAUUUUGCUGAUGAGAACGUUUAAAUUCUACAGAAGUGACAUAUACAAAAAGUUUAGAGAGAAUACAGAGAAUGUAGUCGAGGCAGUGCAUACGGAUAAUGUGGUCGAGGCAGUGCAUACGGAUAAUGUAUACAAAAAGUUUAGAGAGAAUACAGAGAAUGUAGUCGAGGCAGUGCGUACAGAGAAUGUGGUCGAGGCAGUGCAUACGGAUAAUGUAGUCGAGGCAGUGCAUACGGAUAAUGUAGUCGAGGCAGUGCAUACGGAGAAUGUGGUCGAGGCAGUGCAUACAGAUAAUGUAGUCGAGGCAGUGCAUACAGAAAUGGCUUCAUCGUCUCCAGCUCCGAUCCAUUAA